CAAGAAGACAGGGAACCACAACCUGUGGUCCUAUGCAGAGCUCUCUGAGAGUUUGGGCAUUUGGUAUUGGUUUAAACUUUAAAAGCCCUCAUAGUCAGACUUUCCAAAUGAACUCGGAGACGGUCCACUUGAUGCGAUGCCUGCGGCAGGCCCAUAAGGUGAUUGGGAAGGCCAGUGAAAUCCUUGCAGGUGUCAGCCAGCAAUCCGUCUGCAGGGAGGUGCUGCUCUCUGGCCCAGGGACUGCCUAUAUUCUGGGUUUGUCUGAGGUAUACCGGGUUUCCAAGCGCUUGGAAAGUGGGAUGAAGGCACGGAAACUGGCAAGUGAACUGCUGGAGCACACUUUGCACGAAGUGGACUUGGCCUGGAAUAAUCUGUUGUCCUUUCUGACGUUUGGCCCUUCCUUAUUCCAAAGGCUGGAUUUCCAGAUUGUGGAGUCAUUUGUCGGAAGCGAUCCUCUCCUCUUGGCUCCUUCCCAUCUGGUUCCCAGCCCACUCUGCGGGGUUUGCCUGACGGAGGUAAAGUGGGAGCCUGAGGUACGUCUUCCUCUGUUGAAAGCUGGACUGUGCAACUUUUCCAUGAAAGCAACACAACAGAUUGCAAGAGAAAUAACACAGUUCAAACUGGGUUGGGCAACAUUUUGCCACCACUGGGCCCUCCAAGAGGACUGCCCCCUUUCUUUUAACCCCAAAGGAGUCAAUUGCCCUCCAGGAAGCCUCCAGGAGCAUCAGUUCACCCUUGAACAAGAUUGUGGCCCCCACAGACUUUUAACCAUUUUGUUCAAAAUCUCUUUUUCAAAAAUAGAUCUAUUGUUCCCCCUGUUUUUAAGGCAGGGGGGCAUUUACCGCACCUCCUAGAGAUGCCAGGGGUGAUGCCUGGGGUCUUCUGCAGGCAUAAGAGUCAUGCCGUCCUUGUGCUGCCACCUUCUUUCUAAUGCCUGGUUUUCCCUGGCCAUCUCCCAUCCGAGUCUUAAGCUUCCUUUCUGCCCUCAGGCCACAUUAGGGACCCAUACAGAUGGUACCAUCUUGGCCGGCCCUCCAGACCCACCACAGCCUCCCAGAUUCUGCCAAACCUUAUUGUGACUGGGGGUUCUUUUCUCCAGAAAAAAAGUCUAGAAAGGCCAUGAGAAAGCCUGGGUUGGCCAAGCCUUUUUGGGACUGGAGUCAAGUGGUUGCCUCAGUCUGUUCCGCACGCCUGCAAAACGGACGUUAUUGCUUAUCACUGACAAGGCAUGUGCGCUGCGAUGUAUUGCUUUCCAUUUCCUCUCCCUUUUUUCUUUGCCUUGCCAGGUACAUUCUGGGAACGCUAAUCCUGUUAGUUAUCAGGGGAGCUCUUUCCAUGCCAGCUGUGCCAAUUUCUGGCUGAACUGUGUGGAUGCCACUCUGCCAAAAGAGACAGGACCCCUUUUCUCCUCCGAGUUCCU